AUGCUCCAAGGCUAUAAUACACUUUCCAAAAUUCCUCAAAAUUUUUGGGAGUAUGCUGCACAAUAUGAUGUUGAAGCUACAUCAAUGGAAAACACGCAGGGACGACACUCAGAUCUGGCUGGCGCUCAGGCCUGCUCAGGCUUUGAGCGAUCAUUGCUCGGGAGCACGGAAGCCAUCACCAGCACCAAGCCAUCAACUCAGGCACCCCUGAUACCCACCCGCAGCACCACUAACUUCCAAGUGCAUAUCAACGCCAUAGAAGGCAUCAUACCUUCAUUAUAUUGUUGUGACGAUACACUAUGGAGAGGUGGUGUUCUGUAUCUAAAGCUGGGAUAUGGCCAUGAAAGAAAGUACCCACAUACCUCUGUACCCCUCACAUUUGUCGUGACUCAUUUUUCAGCCGACAUUGUGAACCCAACGCGACUGCUCUCAUUUUGCAUCUGGCAAGAUGACUUUGUUACUGGAGCCAAGUCGGAAGCGCUUCACACCUUGCAUUGCGCCAAGUUCAAGCUUAUUAUGACCAACUGA